UGGAGGUCGUCUCCGUCGCCCUCACAGUGUGCACCCUUUGCAAGGCCAUCGAAACCUGGAUCGAUCUGCGCGCCGAGAAGGAAGAGAUAAUCAAGCAGAUCUCCUCCACCGUCCUCCAGAUCCACAACAUACUCUUACCAUUCGCCUCAACGGAAUUCAAAGGUACCGGAGAGAAGGAGCUGUCGAACUGCAUCAAGAGUGUCGGCGACGUUCUGCAAAGAACGAAGGAGCACCUCGUCGUCUGGGGCUUCAAGCGCUCGCGGAAGAUCGUGGCGUUUCUGAACCCGGCGGCGCUGGUGAAGAAGUUGAAGGACGACGAGAGACACCUCAACAACCAGCUCAUUAUCUUGCUUACAUCCGUCGCUGUGGUGGGGUACUUCCGUGAUCAUGCUAAAGAGGCGGGCCAGGCAAAUCCCCUGCUGCCACCGCCUCCUUAUUCGAUCAAGCCGCUGGACGAGCUGUCGGAUGCACAGGCUCAGGAAUUUUGGCGUGGUUACAUUGGGACGAAGGUCACAUUUGUCGAACCAGCCUUGUUUUCCUAUCGACUUAUCAUGUGGUAUGACGGAGAGCUAUCGAAGGAUGCCUGCGAUCGUAUGAUCAUGCUCCUAGACGAGUACAACGCAGGCGGUAUAACCCCGAGCAACCUAGCAAGGGUGCUAGGAGAAGAAACUCUUACUGCCUUUGUCAAACGAUGCUCCAAGGGUGAAAAACCUCUCCCACUGGACGGGGCAUGGAUCACCACCCUGCCCGACCACGACGACCUCCGGACCCCACUACUCAUUUGGAUAGACGAUGAACCACAAAAUGUGGAGUACGAAGUCGAGGAGGCCCGCUCCAAAGGCAUCCAGGUCAUCGAACUUUCCUCUACGGCCGUGGCUAAAGCAUGGGUAGAAGCCAACGCAGGCUUCCUCCGGGAGAACGAUGAUGGAUCACGCGUCCGCUUCAUCACGGACAACGUUCGAUUAGAAGAGAGCUCCGACACAAGGUCGUUCUUGAACCCCUACGCGGGUGAAUCCUUCCUUCGGUACCUUCGAGGACGGUCGUUCAAGGCACCUGUCCUAAUCUACACCGGCAUGAGCAUCGACACGACCCAGUACGUGAAUGGGUACGAAGCAGCCGGAUCAACGACGUCUUCGUCGGUUGUCCUGAGCUAUGUCUCGAACUUGGCGGAUGGGCGAGCUGGGAUUGGACGGUAGA